GAUUGUAUUCUAGGAGAGAUGGUGGGAGGCGCCUUCCUCCUCCUCCUCCUCCUCUCCAACUCUCCGCCAGAACAUUCCCGACUCGCUGAUCUGCUGAAAGCCUUGAGCGUACUGGCAGGCGACAUCAGAAGCUAUUUUCUCAUCUUUUUUUUGUCCGACUUGACUGCAGUUCGCGUUUCCCACAUCGCCACGGAGAGAAAGAGAUGUGGGAAGCGGAGCUGGUUUCAUCUCACGCCUCAGUCAGUAGGAUCAGGUAGACCGCGCAGCGCCGCGUGGGACUCGAGCUGUACUUCACCAACAACCAGACAGCAGUUUCAGUCCAGAGUCUGGAGGCAGCAGAGCGGAACGAGCUGAUCCUUCUCUCCCGGUCCCGACCUGGUUCCUUACGGAACUGUCCACAGACCAGAGACCAGAGAGAUGAUUAAAUAGUAAUGUGGAUUAUAUAGUCACUCACUGUCGUCUUGGACGGAUACAACAGCUGAACACGACGCGGUUGCGAACGGAUUUAGACUUAAAGACUGAAGAGAUCGUUUCGGAGGGAUCUCUCUCUGCCCGGGUGGAAGAGUCGCUCAGACUGGCUGCUUGUUGGGAUUUGAUUUUAGAACUGCAUAUUAUUACAACUACAACACUUCUAGGCGGAUGUAUAUAUAUAUAUAUGAGAGAGAGAGAGAGAGAGAGAGAGAGAGAGAGUGUUUUUGGAGCAGUUUUGAGGAACAGUUUUGUUUAUUUUUAUGGUGAUAAUUAACUCUUGUAAAGGAUCACUGUCAAAACGGAAUCACACAAAAAGGAUCACACUCCUUGGGACAGUGAGAGGUAUAUCUGGGGUUGUUUCUAUGGUGACGGAGGCGGUGAUUCUGUUGGAUACCCAUGAUGCACCGGUACGAUGCCUGAGUCGGAGACAGGUCUAGUAGCUCAGCGUGUAGCUACGGUGACCAGAGGAAUAGUUGCUAUGUGGUGUUCUCUCUGGCUCUCCAUCCUCCUAUUCCCUCUCUCCGUCUCUACAGCCAGAUUACCCACAGUACUGCCCACAGACUCUGUGUCCGGUGAGGCUGUCUUCGUGGGGAUGGGGGACACCCUGGACCUGUCCUGUAACCCCGACGGCCCCGCCCAAGCUGUCCUCUGGUUCAAGGAUGGCAGCUGCCUGUUGCCUAGCAACCGGACGCGAGUGGACCAGAGGGUUCUACGCAUCAUCAACGUGUCUUACGAGGACUCCGGCAUGUACUCCUGCCACGUCACUCACGACAACAACCUGCUCAGCAACUACACAAUCAGAGUGACAGAUUCCCUGUCUUCUGGAGAUGAUGAAGACCAUGAUGAAGACUUGGAUGAUACAGAAGGCCCGCAUUGGACCAGACCGGACCGCAUGGAGAAGAAGCUCCUCGCAAUUCCAGCAGCCAAUACCGUCAAAUUCCGGUGUGCUGCCGCCGGAAACCCCACACCCUCCAUCCAUUGGCUGAAGAAUGGGAAGGAAUUUAAGGGUGAACAGAGGAUGGGCGGGAUCAAGCUAAGGCACCAGCAGUGGAGUCUGGUAAUGGAGAGUGCUGUCCCCUCAGACCGUGGGAACUACACCUGUGUUGUACAGAACAAGUACGGCACCAUCACCCACAGCUACCAGCUAGACGUGCUAGAACGCUCCCCUCACAGGCCCAUCCUACAGGCAGGUCUUCCAGCCAAUCAGACAGUAGUAUUGGGUAGUGAUGUGGAGUUCCACUGUAAAGUGUACAGCGACGCCCAGCCUCACAUCCAGUGGCUGAAGCACAUCGAGGUGAACGGGUCCCGGUACGGACCCGACGGAGUCCCAUACGUCAACAUACUCAAGAGUCUAGUCAGCAGGAGGACAGAGGUUGAUGUUAAACUGAAUGUGUUGAAUGUGACCGAAGCUGAUGCCGGGAAGUACUGUUGUCGAGCAUCUAACUUUGUAGGAAAGUCAGAAAACGCCUUCUGGCUCUCAGUAUACAGACCAGGUAAACCAGCGCUGCACGAUGGUGACAAGGAGGAUGACUAUGCUGACAUCCUGAUCUACGUGACGGGCUGCGUGCUCUUCAUCCUGGCCGUCGUCAUCAUCAUCCUGUGUCGUAUGAGGAUGUCUACCCAGAAGACCCUGCCCUCCCCACCCGUACAGAAACUCUCCAAGUUCCCCUUAAAGAGACAGCAGGUUUCCUUGGAGUCUAACUCCUCCAUGAACUCCAACACACCAUUGGUCAGGAUCGCACGCCUGUCAUCCAGCGAUGGACCAAUGCUGUCCAAUGUGUCGGAGCUGGAGCUUCCGUCAGACCCCAAAUGGGAGUUCUCUAGGACCAGGCUAACGUUGGGUAAACCUCUGGGAGAAGGCUGCUUCGGUCAGGUGGUAAUGGCGGAGGCUAUCGGGAUCGACAAGGAGAAACCCAACACACCCCUCGACGUCGCUGUGAAGAUGCUCAAAGACGACGCCACAGAUAAGGACCUGUCAGACCUGGUCUCAGAGAUGGAGAUGAUGAAGAUGAUUGGAAAACACAAAAACAUCCUCAACCUGCUGGGAGCUUGUACACAGGAUGGUCCCCUGUACGUGUUGGUGGAGUAUGCUUCCAAAGGGAACCUGAGGGAGUACCUGAGAGCCCGUCGGCCCCCGGGGACGGACUACUCCUUCGAUACCUGUAAGAUCCCUGACGAGCAGCUCACCUUUAAAGACCUGGUGUCCUGCGCCUACCAGGUGGCGCGUGGCAUGGAGUACCUGGCCUCGCAGAAGUGUAUCCAUAGAGAUCUGGCAGCCAGGAACGUCCUGGUAACCGAGGAGAACGUGAUGAAGAUCGCAGACUUCGGUCUGGCCAGAGAUGUGCACAACAUAGACUACUACAAGAAGACUACCAACGGUCGUCUACCCGUGAAAUGGAUGGCUCCAGAGGCUCUGUUCGACCGCGUCUACACGCACCAGAGCGAUGUGUGGUCGUAUGGGGUGCUGCUCUGGGAGAUCUUUACCCUGGGAGGGUCCCCGUACCCCGGCAUCCCUGUAGAGGAGCUGUUCAAACUGCUGAAGGAGGGCCACCGCAUGGACAAACCUGCCAACUGCACACAUGAACUGUAUAUGAUCAUGAGGGAGUGCUGGCAUGCUGUUCCGUCUCAGAGGCCUACCUUCAGGCAACUGGUGGAAGACCAUGACAGGGUUCUAUCCAUGACCUCCACGGACGAGUACCUGGACCUGUCUGUCCCGUUUGAGCAGUACUCUCCAACCUGCCAAGACUCCAGCAGCACCUGUUCCUCAGGAGAUGACUCUGUGUUCUCCCAUGACCCCCUCCCCGCGACCCCUUCCCUGACCAACCCUGCCUCCCCAUGAACCCCUCCCUGACCAACCCUGCCUCCCCAUUAACCCCUCCCUGACCAAUCCCUGCCUCCCCACGACCCCCUCCCUGACCAACCCUGCCUCCCCAAAAUGAGGGGGGAGUAACCUUGUCAAACUGCUGCAGACCUACAUGGCAAUCAGGACAUAUAUCUAUAGGUGGGGCUGAUCCCCCAAAGACAUCUGGGGAGGGGGACAAUCGGGGGGGGGACUCCCCCGAGACACCUCUCAGCGUCAUACUUUGAACCUCCUCUAGAUAUGGGAAAGAGAACAAUGCAUGCAAUACAUCCUCAAAUGGACACAUUUUUAAAGAUUCUUUCCAUUGAAGGUUGGACAAUUUUUUGCCGCCAAAAACCUUUUUUUUCUUACAAAUGAAAAUGUAUAUUUUUUUGUACUUGGCCUGUCUUUAGUUAUUGACAAUCCGAAAGGUCAAACCAUUCAGUGCCUACAGGAACCUAACGCUAACCUACAGGACUGGGAGGAGAUUGACACAAGGACAUGUGCACCAUUAACCAGGGAGGUAGGGUAUCCAUAACGCCAUUGGCUUGGGAGGCAGAGUAUCUAUAACGCCAUUGGCUAGGGAGGCAGGGUAUCCAUAACGCCAUUGGCUAGGGAGGUAGGGUAUCCAUAACGCCAUUGGCUAGGAAGGUAGGGUAUCUAAAACGCCAUUGGCUAGGGAGGCAGGGUAUCCAUAACGCCAUUGGCUAGGGAGGUAGGGUAUCUAAAACGCCAUUGGCUAGGGAGGCAGGGUAUCUAUAACGCCAUUGGCUAGGGAGGCAGGGUAUCUAUAACGCCAUUGGCCAGGGAGGCAGGGUAUCUAUAACGCCAUUGGCCAGGGAGGCAGGGUAUCUAUAACGCCAUUGGCUAGGGAGGCAGGGUAUCUAUAACGCCAUUGGCCAGGGAGGCAGGGUGCCUAUAACGCCAUUGGCCACUAAAGCAGGGAAUCUAUAACGCCAUUGGCCAGGGAGGCAGGGUAUCUAUAACGCCAUUGGCCAGGGAGGCUGGGUAUCUAAAAUGCCAUUGGCAAAAAUAAAGCAGGGUAUCUAUAACGCCAUUGGCCAGGGAGGCAUGGUAUCUAUAACGCCAUUGGCCACGAAAGCAGGGAAUCUAUAUCGCCAUUGGCCAGGGAGGCAGGGUAUCUAUAACGCCAUUGGCUAGGGAGGCUGGGUAUCUAUAACGCCAUUGGCUAGGGAGGCUGGGUAUCUAUAACGCCAUUGGCCAGGGAGGCUGGAUAUCUAUAACGCCAUUGGCCAGGGAGGCUGGGUAUCUAUAACGUCAUUGCCAGGGAGGCUGGGUCUCUUUACCUCUCCUCAGUGGAGCUCUGUGAACGACAGAGUAUGGAGUACGCGGGAACUCGUUUUUGCAAAUGUGCAGCAUACCAGCAGAGCCAGAAUCAACAACAUGAUGUGACUGGUUCAUUAACAGUUAGUGCUUUACUCCAAGAUCCCUCACCUUCACCGCUGUUGAAUCAUCUCAACCAUCACGCAGCACAAGUAUUUCACAAUGGGACUACAAUACAGCAAUCUGAACCAGUCUCUGCCGUUUGAAACUCUGAUGGGAACCAAGCUGCAGUCAGACCCUUCAACAGGAGGGAAAUAUAGAACCAGUCUCUCUGAUGGGAACCAAGCUGCAGUCAGACCCUUCAACAGGAGGGAAAUAUAGAACCAGUCUCUCUGAUGGGAACCAAGCUGCAGUAAGACCCUUCAACAGGAGGGAAAUAUAGAACCAGUCUCUCUGAUGGGAACCAAGCUGCAGUCAGACCCUUCAACAGGAGGGAAAUAUAGAACCAGUCUCUCUGAUGGGAACCAAGCUGCAGUAAGACCCUUCAACAGGAGGGAAAUAUAGAACCAGUCUCUCUGAUGGGAACCAAGCUGCAGUCAGACCCUUCAACAGGAGGGAAAUAUAGAACCAGUCUCUCUGAUGGGAACCAAGCUGCAGUAAGACCCUUCAACAGGAGGGAAAUAUAGAACCAGUCUCUCUGAUGGGAACCAAGCUGCAGUCAGAACCUUCAACAGGAGGGAAAUAUAGAACCAGUCUCUCUGAUGGGAACCAAGCUGCAGUCAGAACCUUCAACAGGAGGGAAAUAUAAUUUGGGGGUGUUUCUAUGUAUCUUUAAACAGUUUUCAUUGUAAAUAUAUAAAUGCAAAUAUGUAUCAUAUUGCUGUCAACAGCCAUGUACUUAAAAUUAGAUUUGUUUCUUCUAAAGUAUUGUUUUAAAAUCAAAGCAUUGCAAUCUGGAAAACACUGUCAUGAUCAUGUAAUAAUUUAAAGUGAUACAAAAGGUUUAUUUGAAUUAUUAACAUGUAUAUUUGUAAAGAUAUUUAUAGACUUAACAUGUAGUUCAUAAGUUAGAACAAUCUUGUUCAGGAUUUAGUACUGUAAGCAAAGAUGUUUUAUUUAUUUUUCUGUAACUUAUUUUACAGCAGAACAAUGUUAUUUUCACAACUGGCAGAUUUUAUUUCUCUUGUUUUUCAUCCAUCUUGUUUUGUUUACAGUAAAAAAAAAAAAAGAAUGUAUGAAAAUUGAAAGCAAUUUUAAUGAGCAGAGCAGGUCAAAGAAACUGAGUUUGAUUAAAUGUAAAUCUAAGGAGUGAAA